GUGAACGAUGUCGGUGAUUCCAUUGUCGUUCACGCUUUCGGUGCCUACUUCGGUUUAGCAUGCGCACGGGCGUUCGCAGAUGACAAACAGAGGGAACACGACAAUGAAGGCUCUGUCUACCAUUCCGACAUCUAUGCAAUGAUUGGAGCCAUCUUUUUGUGGGUGUUCUGGCCAUCCUUCAAUGCGGCGGUUGCUGAGCCUGCAGAAGCUCAACAACGAGCUAUCUGCAACACAGUCUUAUCGCUUGUGGCCUGCACCGUUACGACAUUUAUAGUCUCCCAGGCCGUUGAUCAUCACAAGAAGUUCGACAUGGUGCACAUCGCUAACUCCACGCUUGCUGGUGGUGUAGCAAUUGGAACCACUGCCAACAUGGUUCUUAACCCAAUGCACGCGCUCACUGUAGGUGUCUUGGCAGGAACUCUUUCUGUGGUCGGAUACAAGUACAUUACGCCAUUUUUGGCGAGUAAGCUCAAGAUUCAUGACACAUGUGGCGUCAAUAAUCUUCACGGAAUGCCGGGUAUACUCGCUGGCGUCUCUUCAGCCAUGUUCCUUUUCCUCUACAAUCCCGCUGAUUACGGCAAAAGUUCUGGAACUGGUAUUGUUAUGUUACACGAACCCAUGCACAUUACUUCAGGUUUCCUCCUGAAAUUGAAAGUAUUCAAUCAAGUUCGUCAACCGGAACUGUAUGCUGAUGGUGAUUACUUUGAGACGCCAGCCGAUUACGAUUUUACGAGCAGGAUCGUUUCACAUAUCGAUCGUGUGGAAAUCAACGAAUACAGCAAACUAACACAAAAGGAGAUCUAG